AUGUCAACAACAGAGAACACAACAACUGCUAUCGUUCAUGAAGCUAUAAAUGAAGAAUAUGAGUGGGUUCAGUUUAACAAACAACUCCGUCUCAUUCGUUCGGUCAAAGACGAUAUGUACCAAAUGCAAAGUAUUUUGACAGCAUGUUUUGCUCCAGAUACUAAGAAACCACAAGACUGGUUUAGGAACCAAAGCACACAAGAACUUUUGAGCGAAGCACAGCGAGACAUACUUUUUUCUGAAAACAGUGAAGAACAGCGAGUAAGUAAAAAACCGCAGUCGCCAAAACUCUAUGAAAAUCGUGAAGAACAGCGAGUAAGUAAAAAACCCCAGUCGCCAAAACUCUAUGAAAACA